UUGGUGGCAACAAUUUCUCCGGCUCAAUUCCUUCCACUAUAGGCAACCUGACCAGGCUCAAGGUGUUAUAUCUGAUGGCGAAUCAAUUAAGUGGAAGUAUCCCACCUGAAGUAGGAAAGCUCAAAUUUAUUACUGAUCUAGGAUUGGUGGAUAAUAAACUCAAUGGCUCCCUUCCUUCAGAAAUGAAUAAUUUUACAUUUCUGAAGCAGUUGUGGUUGAGCAACAACAACUUUUCUGGCAGCAUUCCACAAGGCAUAUGCAUCGGCGGAGUACUUGAAACGUUUACAGCACACAGCAAUCAGUUCACAGGCCUCAUGCCUGGAAGCUUGAGGAACUGCACCAGCUUAGUUCGAUUGAGGCUUGAGAGGAACCAGCUGACAGCAAACAUAGCGCAAGAGUUUGGCAUUUAUCCAAAACUAACUUAUGUUGAUUUGAGUUACAACAGAUUUUAUGGGGAGCUUUCUGAGAACUGGGGCCAGUGCCAAAACUUACAAAGCUUGAGGCUCAGCAACAACAGAAUUUCUGGGGCAGUUCCACGGUUUGAGAGAUCAAUGCAGCUGCAUGUGCUUGUCCUCUCUUCAAAUAAUCUCACAGGGACAAUCCCGAUUGAACUAGGGGGGUUGACAUUAAUGUUCAACCUUAACCUUGGUGAUAACAAACUGUCAAGCAGCGUUCCUGUGGAGAUUGGAAUGCUAACCAAUCUACAACAUCUUAACUUAGCUGCCAACGAUUUCAGUGGACCAAUUCCUAAACAAUUAGACAGGUGCAGAGAAUUGUUGAACUUGAAUUUGAGCAGAAACAGAUUUGGUGGCAGCAUUCCUCCUGAAAUAAGCAGCAUAGACUCUCUUCAAGUUCUUGAUCUGAGUCAAAAUUCACUGAUGAGUGAAAUCCCACCGCAGCUUGGGAAUUUGAUGAAAUUGGAAGCCUUGAAUCUCUCCCACAACGAGCUCUCUGGUUCGAUCCCAUCCACAUUCGAUAACAUGUUGAGCUUGACAGUUGUUGACAUGUCAUACAAUCAUUUGGAAGGUCCUCUUCCCAACAACAAAGCGUUCCACGAGGCUUCGACUCUAGCUUUUGCGAAUAACACAGGCUUGUGUGGCAAUGCAACCGGUUUGAAUGUUUGUCCGUCUGAAACAAGAGGGGAGAAAAAGAGCAGCAAAUCAGUUAUCUUCAUUGUACUACUUGUUUUAGGCAUCCUUUUUUUUGCAUUUGUUGUAACUGGGAUUCUUUGCGUGGUCUACUAUCCACGGGAAGCACAAUUAAAUGAAGACCAAUUUGCAGUUUGGAGCUAUGAUGGAAGACUUCAGUAUGAAGACAUCAUUGAAGCCACAGAGGAAUUCAACUCCAAAUAUUGUGUGGGGGUGGGAGGCAAUGCAAGUGUUUACAAAGCUGAGCUCCCAACAGGCCGAAUUGUUGCGGUGAAGAAACUUCACAUGUUGCAGGACAGGGGAGUGGCAAAUCUCAAGGCUUUCGAGAGUGAGGUUCGUGCUCUUAUAGAAAUCCGUCACAGAAACAUUUUAAAGCUUUAUGGUUUCUGUUUGCAUCCGCAACACCCUCUUUUGUUGUACGAUUUUGUAGAAGGAGGAAGCUUGGAAAACAUACUGACUGACGAAAACCAUGCAGUUAAGUUUGGAUGGAUUGAGAGAGUGAAUGUUGUCAAGGAUGUUGCUAAUGCAUUGUCUUAUAUGCAUCAUGAUUGUUCACCUCCUAUAGUACAUCGAGACAUUUCGAGUAAGAACAUCUUGCUGGAUUUGGAAUAUAGAGCUUAUGUCUCUGAUUUUGGUACAGCUAAGCUCUUGAAUCUUGAGACUUCAAAUUGGACUUCGUUUGCAGGCACAUUUGGAUAUAGUGCUCCAGAGUUAGCAUACACGAUGGAAGUGAACGAGAAAUGCGAUGUUUAUAGCUUUGGAGUGGUAGCACUAGAAGUGAUCAUGGGAAAGCAUCCCGGAGACCUCCUCUCCUAUUUUUUGUCAUUGUCUUUAACAUCAACACCCGAACCUCUACAACUGAACGAUGUCUUAGACAAGAGCCUCCCGCCUCCUGGAAAUCAUGUUGUCAACAAAGUGAUCACCGUUGCAAACCUUGCAUUUGCGUGCUUGCGAACGAAUCCCCAAUCUCGACCAACCAUGCAACAAAUUUCCCGCGAGUUGUUAUUUUGAAGGACCAUUUUUGAAAAAGAUGUUUUAAGGCAAACACCUAAUUACAUAAGCUAUGACGAAACUCUAUGCUAAUAAAGCAAGUCAUAUUAACAUGAUGAGAGCCACUCUGAUCUCUGUCCGUAACCUGCAGACUGAGAGAUCCAGACCGUUCAAGCGAGCACAGAGAUGAGAUCAAAGGCGCAGAAAUGCUCGCAGCUGCUGCAAGCAAAAUUCAGAAGAUAUAAUGGGAGCGGUCAGCAGCAGUCUAAGUGGCAGCAGCUCAAGCAGGUAGGCAGCAUUGCAAGCCAGCAACACCGCAAGCAGGUAGGUAGCAUCGCACACAGGUAAGCAGCAUGCCUCGGUGCCCCUAGCGAGCCUAUGGUGAUGACAGGCUCGCCCCUCUGACGCUCCUCCUACUCUCUUAGCGGCACCAAGUAGGAAGUGUCAUGUUGAAGCGUGACCACCGACUUUGCCUUGCUCCGAGUUGGGACGCCGACAGAUUCGCCACUUGCAGCGGAGGUCCUGACGCUCCUUCCCUUGGUUGCGAAAGCAACUUGACCGUUCUUGGAAGCUAUUGAUUUCGAGGGUUGUUUGGAUUUCUUGAAUGGAGAAAGAGAUGAGGGGCAAAGAUUUUUGGGUGUGCCAAAUUUGUAAAGACGAAAUGCCUACAACAAAUAACACUACAAAAUAAUAUUUGUAUUAGUGAAUUUCGGGUUUAGGGUUAGAAUCUCUAUUUACAAAACUUGAAUCCUCUGAUUCGAUCUCCGAAGAUGUAAAUUGUGUGUGUUAUUCAUUCUUGAUCUUGAAUGAACAAAUGACACGUGGUUUUGGCUCUUGGCAAUGGAGGAACCAGCACAUGUAGGGGUGCUUAGUGGUCCUUCACAAGUGUGGUGAAUAAUGCAUAGAGCUUUUUGAAGCUUCCAGGUGUUUGAGAAUUUAAGGGGUUUGGGAGCAUUAGAGGUUUAACGUCUGAGCGUGAGAAUGAUUUUCUAGACCUUUCUUUAUCUUGGAGCCUUAUAUUUAUAGACUCUCACAAAGCUUUGUCUACGAAAUAACUAAGACUUGAUUUGUACC